GGUCUGAUGGGAUUGCAUGAGCAGUCAGUGUUGCUUCCUCUCGCAUCCUUGGAUACCGUGAGCAGACAAACACGUAUCUGCGUUGUCAGUGAGGUCCUGCACGCCGUGCUGUGUCUGCUCAUCGGUGAUGGAAAACACCCGCUGCUUCGCCAAUCCUUUCUCUGACUACAAAGGUGCGCUGCUCCCGGGCCAGAGCGUCCAGGCCAUCGUGCCCAUCGUCGUCGCCACCGUGGAUAAAGUCCUGAAAAAGGUUCCCGUCGGCAUCAGCGACUGCGACGGCGGGCUGUACGAUGGCCCGGCCGGGGUGGCUUACAUGCUGUAUCACGUCAGCGAGUGUCCGCUGUUCUCCGAGCACCGGGACGUCUACCUUAAGGCGGCCAAGCAGAUCAUCGACGUGUCGGUGAGAUACGUGGAUGCGGAGCCCGACAAGAACAUGCGAGCCGCCUUUCUGCUCGGCGGGGCGGGCAUCUACGCUGUGGCCGCUAUGAUAUACAAAGCACUGGGCUUGGCUGAUUUCGUUAAGCCGCUGACCAAAUUUCGUAACCUGUGGGAGGUGUGUGCGCCCAUCAAUUUUCUGGAGUGCGGCUCGGAUGAGCUGUUUGUGGGCCGGGCUGGCUACCUGUGUGCUGCCCUGGUCCUUAAACAGAAGCUGGGGAUAGAGAUUCUGAGCAAGGAUCAAAUCAAAUCUAUUUGUCAGGCCAUCAUCGAGUCAGGAAGACAGUACGCCAGGAGGAAGAGAAAGCCUUUCCCUCUCAUGUACUCCUACUAUGGAACAGAGUAUCUUGGUGCAGCCCACGGCCUCUCGUCAGUGCUGCAGAUGCUGUUGAGCUACCAGGACAUGCUGAGCGGUGCAGAGAGGGACUUGGUGUGGCAGAGCGUCGACUUUCUCAUGAACCAGGAGCAGAACUGUAACUGGCCUGCAGAGCUGGGCGCCAUCAUCGAGAGAGAGAAUGAACUGGUGCAUUGGUGCCACGGGGCCCCAGGUGUGGCCUAUCUAUUUGCUAAAGCCUACCUGAUCAAUAAGAAACCCCAGUAUCUGGACACAUGUAUCCGCAGUGGGGAACUGGUGUGGCAGAAAGGCCUGCUGAAGAAGGGACCUGGGAUUUGUCACGGAGUUGCAGGCAGUGCUUAUGUCUUCCUGCUGCUUUAUCGGCUCACGGGCAACUCGAAAUACAUCUACCGUGCUCAGAGGUUUGCAGAGUUCAUCUUCACUGAGGAGUUUAAGACAGGCUCCCGCUCCGUGACCAGUGUCUACAGCCUGUUUGAAGGCCUGUCGGGGACUAUUUGUUUCCUGGUGGACCUCCUGCAGCCUGACCAAUCAGAGUUCCCUCUGUUUAGUGUCUUUGUGUGAAUGGAAACUGGUUAUUGCUGUUCACUGACCUGAACAAACACCACUCCUUCCCUCUGAAACCCCUCAAGAACUGGAUUGUUAGAAGCAUAGUCACAGUGAGCAGAGUGGGAGUGGAGGGAUGGAUAGUAUUUGUUUGGGAUUCGGAAAAAUCCUAUUUGAGUAUAGCUGCCGUAGAAAAAUUUGUGUCUAAGGUGGAUGUUCAGCUUCUAGGCUUAACAGAUUCAUUCCACUGACUGUAACAUUGCCCAUUUCAGUUUACAGUCUACUUAAUCGCAACCGAAACAGAGGUUUUCAAACUGUGAGGUGGAGACGUGGGAGGUGAGGUGUGAGGCAAAGAUACAGUGUGAGGUGCACACACACUCUCAGACUUUGAAAACCCCUACACUAAAGCAUUGGCAGUUUUGAAAAGUGGUAACGCAAGUACAUUGAUUGAAAUUGCAGUAGAUUCUACAAAGAUGCUGCUCUCAGGUCAGAAAGACACAUGCACAUAUACCAUUGACAGCUAAAAGGAAUGUCAAUCACACCCAAGUCUCGCAAAAGAAAAUCAGAAAAGAGUGAAAAAGUGUCACAUAAUGCCUUUAAAAUUUUUCUACCACUCCACCAGCUGAGCGUCACAUAUCGCAGACCUUUGAAUUUAUGACUUUAGGGUUAGUAAUUUCUCAAAUUAUUAUCGUCACGACCUUUAAUGUUAACUAUGUAAUGGAGGGAUUUUGAUACUGAACGAGAAAAAUCAUCAAAGGUGGGAAGAGAGGUACAACCAACAGAACGGAAAUAACUGUCAAUUAUUGUCCUAUUCAUAGUCCCACUGUCUUUGCACUGUGCAAUAUUACUGACUCACCUGUGUGAAACGAGGUUUUACCGUUUGUAGCAGAGUGAAAGCUGUUUGUAUAUUUGAUGUUUAAAAUUGUGUACUGUGCGGGGAUAUUUGAAAUGUUCACAACGUUGUGAUUUGUUAAGACUUUAAACCAGUGGGGGGAGAAAAAAAUAACUGAGUAUAUUAGACCAUAGGCUUGUGAUGAAGAACAAAAGAGCAAAAAAAAAAAAUGGUGUCAGUGUGAGAAUUUAAUUUUCUUUCUUAUGCAAUCUGUUCAAGAUGCUCCUCAGUUAUGUAAAUGACAGAUUUCUUUAAAUAAAUGUGAUAGUGAGGCCUUAAAAAAUAAAGUUACUACAUUUGGAUAUGAUAAGAUCUCCCAAAGUAAAAAUGACUGGAGUGUGAAAAAUGCUUUGGCAGUGUUUGGACAUGUGGCUCAAAUGUGACUCAAGUUGGUAAAAAGGUGAAUAAUAGCAAACCAAAGCAGGUUUCCAAUGCUAACCGUGCCUGUUGUGAAAUAUUUAUAAGUCGUGUAUGCGUGUGUGUGCCGUUUUUUGCAAUCAGAGGUGUCCGCAACAAAGUCUAAAGGAUUGUUGUUAUUAAUAAAGUGUACGGAUUGAAAAAUAA